AGACUGUAGCUGACGAGCGUCCUGUCAAUGGCGUGAGGAAUUCCAGUCCAGGAGUUCAGUGUGAGUCAGAGUGAGCUGGGUGGAGACAGGGUCCGUACUUAAACGGCACCCCGUGCCGUCUCAGCAGAACGGAGCCGCUGCUGCUUCUUUAAGGUGGACCCAUCAUGGCGCUGGUGUCGGAGUUUCUCAGUCAGCUGACGUUGUCGUAUGGAGGGGAGGAGGAACCCAAAUACCCGACUGUGGUGGCGAGCCGAGACUUCGACCCAGCCAAAGAUGCUGCCAGGAUUGAGACAGCCAUCAAAACCAAAGGUGUAGACGAACAGACCAUCAUCGACAUCCUGACCAGACGAAGCAGCGACCAGCGCAGAGAAAUCGCCUUCGAAUUUGAACGAAUCGCCAAGAAGGACCUGGCCUCGGCCUUGAAGGGGGCGCUCUCAGGCUCUCUGGAGGCUCUGAUGUUGGGUCUGAUGAAGACCACGACUCAGUACGACGCCUCCGAGCUCAACGCCUCCGUGAAGGGACUGGGAACGGACGAGGAGACGCUCAUCGAGAUUGUCUGCUCCAGAACCAACAAAGAACUGGUGGAGAUCAAGAAAGUCUAUAAGGACAUGUUUAAGAAGGAGCUGGAGAAAGACGUGGCAGGAGACACGUCUGGAGACUUCGCUAAGCUGCUGCUGGCGCUGGUUCAGACAAAGAGAGAUGAACCGUCCAACGUCGUUGACUAUCAGAGGAUCGACGACGACGCCAGAUGUCUGUACGAAGCCGGAGUGAAGAGGAAGGGAACCGACGUGGUGACGUGGAUCAGCAUCUUGUCUGAGAGGAGCGUCCCCCACCUGCAGAGAGUGUUUGAACGGUACAAGAGCUACAGCCCCUACGACAUGAAGGAGAGCAUCAGGAAGGAGGUGAAGGGAGACCUGGAGAAGUCCUUUCUCACGCUGGUCGAGUGCUUGGAAAACAAACAGCUGUACUUCGCCAACAGACUCAGCGACGCCAUGAAGAGUAAAGGAGCCAAGGAGAAGGUGGUGACCAGGAUCAUGGUUUCCCGCUGCGAGGUCGACCUGAUGAAGAUCAGAACGGAGUUCAAGAGGCAGCACAAGAGAUCGUUGUACCAGACCAUCGCUGAGCACACAAAGGGAGACUACCAGAAGGCUCUACUCAGCCUCUGUGGAGGUGACGACUAAACCUGUGUAAACUCAGUUUCCCAGAAGGCAGCUGGGUGGACAGCUCCAUUAGCGCCCGCUCAUGUGUCCAUAUCAUACAGAUGUUGAAUAAAAAAGCUUUUUCCUCG